CCUCAUCUUGCUUUCUGACCACCACCAACUAGUGCAUGCCAAUGGCACUCACCGUCCUCCUCCCCCUCUUGACAUUGCUAGUGUCCACUACUGCCCGGCCACAACCACAAGCAGAGGCAACAGCUACUUACCUCGCUACUGCUUCCGGGUCUAUCCUACCCUCUGGUGCUGCACCGACAAACACAGCAGCACCAAGCGGUACAGGUCAACCAACGAGGGAUGGCACGGUGAACCAGUUCCAGAUAGUAGGCAACUCGGGGGUCAGCGCACAGCAGAUGUUCCUCGGCACGCUCAACAAGGUGUACAUCCUUGACAAGACGGAGGAGAACCUUCAGUUGCAGGUAGACGGCUUCCCCGCAUGGGGGUCAGAGUACGAUCUCGCGACGGACACCGUGCGGGGAAUGUUCGUGCUCAGUAACACUUUCUGUGCCGCGGGCGCGUCCCUUGGGAACGGAUCUUGGGUCAACUUCGGGGGCAACCAGGCUGUAACUUGGGGUGGGCUUACUGCUGCUUCCCAGACGGGAGGAGGGCCGUACGAUGAUUGGGAUGGGGGGCAGGCGGUGCGCUUAUUAGACCCGUGCGAUGAUGGCACUUGCGAGUGGGUAAAUUUGGCCCCGAUGACGACGAGAAGGUGGUACCCUUCUGUCGAGCCGUUGGAGGACGGGAGUGUCAUCGUUCUGGGAGGCGACGAAUGGGGAGGAUACGUAAACGACGCCUCGCAGAACAACCCCACGAUCGAGUUCUUCCCCUCGCGCGGCGCCCCCAUAGGUCUCAACAUCCUGCUCAACUCCCUUCCGGCCAACCUCUACCCCCUCACAUGGCUGCUCCCAUCCGGCAACCUCCUGAUCCAGACUAACUGGGCUGCAGAAAUCUACGACUACAAAGCCAACGUCGAGUACCCCCUACCUAACAUUCCUAAUGCUGUGCGCACCUACCCCGGCUCGGGGGCGACGGCGAUGCUGCCCCUCACACCGGCGAACAAUUGGACCGCGACGGUGCUCUUCUGCGGAGGGACGAACUUAGAGCCCGACCAGUGGGUCACGAACUGGACGAUAGCCGCUUACCCGGCAGACGAGUCCUGCGUCUCGAUAUCCCCCGAUAUCAGCAGUACAUGGACGUACGACAGCACCCUCCCCGAAGGGCGUACGAUGGGCCAGUUCAUCAUGCUCCCCGACAGCACGCUCUUCCUCACCAAUGGAGGCGGGACUGGAACAGCAGGGUACGGCAACGACACAUGGGCGAUCGGUCAUUCCUAUGCCGAUAACCCUGUCCUCACUCCGUUGGUGUACGACCCCCGACUCCCCGCUGGCAACCGUUGGUCCAGGCAAGGACUGGGCAGCUCGACAGUCCCGAGGAUGUAUCAUUCCUCCGCCCUACUCCUGCCAGACGGGAGCGUCUUCGUCGCUGGCUCCAACCCCAAUCCCGACUAUACAGUCGGAGCAGGGGUCAAGUACCCAACAGAAUAUCGCACAGAACGCUUUUACCCAUGGUACUACUCUUCCCGCAGGCCGGAACCGCAGGGUCUGCCAUCGAACCUCUCCUACGGCGGGGAACCGUUCGACGUACAACUGUCCGCCCAGGAUCUCCAGAACAACGGCAUAGUCAACGCAUCCGUCAUCGUCAUCCGCGGCGGGUUCUCGACGCACGCGAUGAACAUGGGCCAACGGUUCGUCCAGCUCAACUCUACAUAUACGGGCAACACCGACGGCUCGGGGACGCUGCACGUUUCCCAGCUCCCGCCGAAUCCCGCGAUCCUACCCCCGGGACCGGCGAUGGUUUUCGUAACUGUGGGAGGUGUGCCCAGCUUGGGAGCGUUCGUGAUGGUCGGAUCGGGGAUGGGCACACAGCAGGUGUUGCCCGCAGGGGCGUUGAAGGCGAGUAGCAUGCCCCUGCCAGCGCCCAACACGACCGGGAGUGGAGGGGGGAAUGUGGCUGUUUCGGCCGCGAUGGGUGGGGGGGUCGAGCUGGGAGUCGGUCUGUUGGUGGUAGGGUUGGGGUUGGUGGCACUGAUGCUGUAGAUCUCGGACUCGCGCUCGCACUUUCUCAUUUCACUUAGUUAUCACGCUCUCAAGCACCUACGCGCUCAGGCUUACAGCACGUAUAAUCGCAUCGUACACAUCGUACGGCACACGGACUACGUAGACUCGCUUUCCUCUCGCUUUGUUCCCAUUUUAUUGUGUAUCUCUUUGUGUGUUUAUUGCCGUUUGUCAAGGACUCGAACUAAUUUCUUCGUAAUGUGGUGUUCUCGGUGGGUGCGACAUUUUGUUGACGGUCGACGAUCAAGGAGGGCUGGGGUUUGAUUAGAGUGAGCACGGAUAGGGACAGCAGUAGAAGAAUGUAGAGAAGCGCGUAAUGUGCCAUAAGGUACCGGGUCAUCGAGGGAGCUGAUGAGGUGAAAUGUCUAGAAGAGUAGAUAGAGGU